GCAGAUGCUGCCGAAGGCUGUGGACACCCCGGUGGGAGCAGCACCCACAGCUGCACCAUCCCCUCCCCACAGGUGCUGAAGUCACUCAACAAAACGUACCAGAAGCUGCAGCGGAGGCCGGUCACCGUGGACCUCGACCCCAAGGCCGUGACCUGCAAUGAGCUGUUCGGGGUCAUCCAUCCGGCCACGCGGGAGUGGAAGGAUGGUCUGUUCUCCACAGCGAUGCGUGACCUGGCCAACAUCACACAUGACGGGCCCAAGUGGAUCAUCCUCGAUGGAGACAUUGAUCCCAUGUGGAUCGAGUCCCUGAACACAGUCAUGGAUGACAAUAAGGUUCUCACCUUGGCCAGCAACGAGCGUAUCCCCCUCACCCCCACCAUGAGGCUCAUCUUCGAGAUCAGCCACCUGCGCACAGCCACGCCCGCCACCGUGUCCCGGGCAGGGAUCCUCUACAUCAACCCCACAGACCUCGGCUGGCACCCGUGA